AGCUGGUCAUCUUCAUUCAUACAUUAGACGUUGCAGAUGAGCAUCUGAAGCCCUGUGCGACAGCAUUCGAAGUCUCAGAUUGAUGCUCUUGAGAUCGUCGCUUUUCUUGUCUAUUCAAUCCACUCGACCUGUGUGUAUACUGCCCAGGCACCUCGCCUGCGUACGGUCAUCCCAGAUGUCCACCUUCCAGUCAGAGAUCAACGGCGAGUCGUCACGACCGAUACUCAAGCCUUUGUCGUCUUCGUUCCGAACGCGGGCGCUCGCCGUGACGGCGGCUCACAGGAUGGCGUCACACACAUCUCCGCACGUCUCCGCUGCUGGUUCAGGCUCUAAUUCCUCAAGCUCUCCACCGGAACUAGGUGCACGGCUACCUGGUUCGGGCGAGUCCUUCAACUCAACCUCGCCAUUGAAUGGCGGACCAUCGGCACGAUAUCGUUGGCUUUCUUCCGGGCAACUUUUGAAUACUAGAACGGGAGAUGAGCCAGGUGUGGAUGUCAGGAGCAGAAGGGAUGAAGCGGCUUAUGGGCACCUGACCGACGAAUCGCAUAUCACGGUCUUGGACUAUUGCUCCAAUAAGGACGGCAGAAACACACGGGCAGACUUUGAUGGUUCUCAGCUCUCUGCUUGGCUCGACUCGGAGCAUGGUGAGAGGGUCAACACUGAAGAUGGGAAACCCUAUGGCGUACGAUGGAUCCAUGUUAACAAACUCAAUUGGCAAGUCAUCAAAACUCUGACCAUGCGAUACAAUCUCCAUCCGUUGGCAGUCGAAGACGCACUGCAGGCCGAAAACUCUCACCGAUCUAAAAUUGAUUUCUACAAAACUCACCUCUAUUUUCAAGUCUUGAUACAGCACGUCACGUUGCGUGACGAGACGGUCCUUGCAGAAGCAGCGGAUGAGAUGGCCUUGGGAAAGAUGGAAGAGAGGUUCAAUGUGCUUGAUGGGCUUGCAACUGCAGAGAGGAGGCAGCAGCAUGGUGUAUCGGACUCUCAUCAUCAUCAAGGAGGCUUGGACGAACGUAUGGCGAGGUCAGGCAAUUCAGCUUGGGCACAAGGACACGAAGAGGAGGGAAGGAGAAAGGCAAAGAGGAGUCAUUCAUUACCUCCCGGUAUACAGGGAGUCUUUGAACCGACUCUGGCUAGUUCACCGGUAUUGACCAGACCUCCAAAGCCUUACCAGCGAGAUGCCCAUCGUUUGAUCAUUGCUCAACUCACUGCCAAGUAUAUGAUACCCAUACGACGAGCCAUGCUCUGUGCUUUCAUGACCAGGGACGGUACGAUGAUUACAUUCAUGGAUAAUCCGAUCGGGGAUGCCCUCGAUCCCAUCUAUGAACGUCUGGAGGAUCCCGAAAGUCUGUUGAGGUCAUCUCAGGAUGUCAGCAUGCUGGCUCAGGCCCUCCUUGAUGUCUCCGUCGAUCUGGCUUUGGAAGUCUCUUCCACAUUCGAAGCAGAGAUUCUCAAUCUAGAGGCGUCUGUCCUCGUCGAUCCAUCUAUGCAAAUCGUCCGACAUCUACAUGUUCUAUCAUCUCAAUUGAUCCGGCUUAGACGAUCCCUCUUCCCUAUCCUCAGACUGACAUCUACCAUCCGAGACUAUGACUCGCAAAGAUCAGCGGCCGCAGCCAUAGCCCCGACCAAGGGUCAAGGUCAUCCAACCGAUUCCACUCUAUCGGCUAUAUCCAAAGAGGGGGGGUUCUCCCUGGCUCCCAGUCGAACCGCUACGCCAAUGAUCGAGAAGGGCAAUCCGAUAUCCUCCCUCAGCGUCAAUACCAACCCUUCGUCCGCCUUGACUGACAAUGGGACCCAAGUGGGAUUUUUCAGUCCCAUGGCGAAGAUCUAUAUGGUCGAUGUGAUUGAUCAUGUGGAGAAUGCCAUCAGCUCCUUGGAUCAGUUCAUAGGGACUUGCGAGCAUCUGACGGGUUACGUGUUUAAUGUCCUCUCUUUUCAGACGAAUGGGUCUAUGGAGAGGCUCAGUAUUGUCACUGUCGUGUUUCUGCCCCUGACAUUCAUCGCCUCCUACUUUGGAAUGAAUUUCACUGGCUUUGACCAGCUUCAAGGGCCCGUAUCUUACUUUUGGAAGAUUGCUAUCCCCUGCACUGUCGGUUUCUUCAUCGUCUUUUCGUUCUCAUACCUCAAAUGGGGAGCCGCGACGCUUUCGAGACGGAUCGCCAGGUGGAAACGGACGCGAGCGAUGGAGAAAAAACACGCCUCGAGAUUUCAGCGGAUCAUGUGGGGUAAAGGAGGUAAGGGAAGCGAAGCGCAAUGAAGCAAUG